AUGCACGACAAUUUCUCAGGCUCUGAGAGACCAAACAAAGUUCGCAUGCUGGUUCUUGAGACAGACGAGCCGCAUCCAGACACGAUCGAAGAGAAGGGAACAUUUGGAGAGGUCUUUGACAGGUUGUUCAAGACAGCAGGUGACAACCAUGACCCGCCGCUUGGCAUCGAGACGGCUAUGAAGUUCGUUGUAGAGUCAAAAGGCGGAAGAGUACCUUCAGUGGAUGAACUGGAUGAUGUCCAUGCAAUCUUGAUCACAGGCAGCAUGUUCGACGCACAUGGCGACGAUGAAUGGAUCCAGAAGCUCAUCAAAUUGCUGCAAGACCUAUGGGUACAUCGUCCCGACAUUCGCUUCUCAGGAGUCUGCUUUGGCCAUCAAGUUCUCUGCCGCAUGCUUGGAGCCAAGGUUGACACAGUGCCCGGUGGGGACUGGGAGCUUUCGCACACCCACAUCGACCUCAGCGACAUUGGCCAAAAACUAUUCAGAACAAAGGAUUCACAGCUACGACUACAUCAAAUGCAUCAGGAUCAUGUUGUAGAGCCGCCAUCUUCCAAAACAACGGAUCUCCUCAAGGAAGAUCAGAAAGUCCAUGUCUGGGGUAGCUCGGAGCAUACGGCUGUGCAAGGCAUUUACGUCAAGGAUCGUCUAUUCACUAGCCAAGGUCACCUUGGCUUUGAUGAAGACAUGGUCAAACGACAGAUUAAUAUGCGAAUUGAGAGCGGCAGUCUCAAGGACUUGGACCAUGCCGAUGCCGCGAAAGAGACCGCUGACAUGGAACAUGAUGGCGAAGCUGUCGCUGGCUCAAUUCUGCGUCUCUUCCAUGGCGAAGACAAUGACAUCCCUUGA